GCACGAAGAUGAUGAGGCAGCCUGUUUAUGCAGCAAACUUUCUCCUUGACCCAAGGAAAAGAGACAACAAGUGGUUGAUGGACAUACACUCCCCGCUGGUCCAAAACACCCUCAAGUUCUUCUUAUCACAGUGCAAAGAGGAGGCUACUUGGGGGUGCAAGGAGCAGCUAAAUUUGUGGGCGGACUUGCAAACUUUCCACAAGGAGUCAAUUGAAGACAUGUUGGGAAAGGAUCCAGUGACAAGAAGAGUGGUGGAGGAGAGCUUGUGGACUGACUGCGCGACGUUCGACAUCUCCCUUGCUCAAAUGACAGCCUCUGAAUGGUGGAACCUCCAUGGGGUCUCUCAUAAGAAGGCGCGAGACAUUUCCAUGAGGGUGACGACGAUGUGGAGCGCUCGAACCCCUUGUGAGAGAAACUGGUCCUCUCUCGAUCUUGUCAACGACAAGAGGAGGGAUCCGCUGUCGCCUGACAGCCUUGCCAAGUUAGAGUACAUCCACUGGAAUCUUCAGCUGUUGGACAUCAAGAAGAAGAAGAGCACGGAAAGCUUGGCAAGGUACUUGGACAUGUGGGCUGCAUUGAAGUUCUUCAACGAUGGGGAGACACCAAUGUCGAAUGAUCCUGCGGUGUUGCCAAAGGCUGCAACUCCAGCAGACUUGAGUGAUGACGAAGUCAAGGGCGUGCAGCACGACAACGUGGACGUGAGCCUGGCAGGAAGGAAGAAGAACGUGCAGCCUGACACCGGUCUAAAAGUGGCAAGGAAAAGGGGGCGCUCGCGGAAGUACCCACUGCAGCCAGCUGCAUCAGCAUGUGCUCGGACCGGCGAGGAUGGUGGUGAAGGGGGUGAGGUGGAAGAGCAUGUCGCUCGGGUGAGGAAGGUGCAAGGGGGCCCUGCACUCACAUUGGACGGUGUGGAGACACGCCUGUCAAAGCGGCUGAAGAGAAAGGCAGCAAGGAAGGCGGGGGUCGUGGAAGAUGAUCCGACGGAUGCGGAAGAAAGCAGCAACGAGAGUGAUGAAGAUGUCGGGAAAGCGACUGGGAAUAGGACUCAGCGGGGGAGGAAGCUGGAAGCCCCCACACUUGCACCGGUCUGAGGGCUGAUAAUGUUCAAUGGUCAUAGUCGUCAAGUGUCGGAAGUGGUGAUUCUUCGCACAGUUUAUCCCUUGGGUUUUCCAAGGCAAUCAAUGUUGUGCCACUUC